AUGAAGAGCGAACUGGAAGACGAGCUCCAGCGCAAGAUCAAUGUCCUGAAUACCGAAGUGGAGGAGAUCAUACCGGAGUUCGUAAUAAUGGACAACAUGGACGACGCGAAUCGCGUACACGAGUACAUAGAGUUCCUGAAGCUGUUAGUGUCAAAAGUCCAAGAAGUGGACGACGAAAUCAGAACGAUAAAUCACGAGGAGAAGCUGUUCAAGUUCCCUGAGACGGCGUUCCCUCGGGUCGACGAGAUUAAAGAUGUCGUUCUACCUUUCUACAAUUUAAACAAGAUGAUCUUCUUGUGGAGGAGGCACAACAGCGUUUGGUUGGACGGUCCUUUCGAGUACAUCGACUCUUCCCAAGUCGAGAAGAUCACGCUUCACUACUUCGAGGAGUUCACGGAGCUCAACAAGACCAUGAAGACGAGGAUCAAGCUAGACAUGACGACUCCGAACAAGCCUUUCAAGUUCUCAGGGAUCAUUGACGAUCCCGAUCCCAUGCAGCAACCGGCGCCUCUGAAACUGUGCUUCCAAGUAAUUCAACAUGUGAAGGAUUUUAAGCAGUACAUCAGACUGGUCAACUGCAUGUGCAAUCCUGCCCUUGCGAAUCGCCACUGGCACGAGAUGUCCAUCAUCUACGGGGUUCAGAUGGUCCCUCCGGAUUAUAGUAAUUUUCUCAGAGUCUUGGAGGAAUUGUCAGCUUCAGAUGCCUUUCAAAUCCCCGAAACCUUCACCUUGAAGUUAAUUCAAAUUCUUGAAAUAUUGCAUAUUAAACAGUCGUUCAUGAUUGUUGGAGAAGCCCUCUCAGGAAAGACCAAAAUUCUCCGAAUUUUAUCGAAAUGUUUGUCCCUGUUGCAUUCAAGAGAUGAUAAUUUGGGGGUCGAAGUUGUCAUUGAAACGAUCAACCACAAAUCCCUGAGAUUGGAAGAUUUAUUUGGCUACAAUGAAAUGAUGAAUAGUAACAAACGAUGGGUGGACGGAAUUUGCACUUCAAUUCUGAGGAAGUUCUCCGAGAAUAAGAUCGAAGCCAACGGAUUCUACUCGAGGAAAUGCCUGAUCUUCGAUGGCCCAAUCAACUCAUCCUGGACGGACAACUUAUCCACAAUUUUGGACGAUCGUAAAACAUUAUUUCUGGACUCCGGAGAAGGAAUCAACAUUCCAGAAGCAACUUCAAUAGUUUUUGAGACAGAAGACCUGAAAAACGCGACUCCAGCCAUGAUCUCCAGGUGUGGAAUAAUCCACAUGGAUAGUGAUACGGUUGGCUGGAGAUCGCACGUGAGAUCUUGGGUAAUAGACCAAGAUUUCUAUAUCCAACCGAAGAACCACAAGUUCAUGAUCAAUUUCUUAAAUUGGGCGUUGGGAAGCGCCCUCGACUUCCUGCAAGAUCUUGCCGAUUCUUUCAUAAAGGUCAGUGAAAUCUUUUUGGUGAUUUCCGUCCUGAAAUUGGUGAAGAUGUACUUGCUGAAUGCCCUGGAAGUUAACAAGAAAGAGGGUACCUCAGCUAAUUUCAACAUCCACUUCGGAAUUUGGUUCCAAGCAGCACUGAUCCAGUCCAUAAUCUGGGGGAUGGGGGGGACAUUAUCCUCGGACGAUUCCAGAAACAAGUUGGACGGAUUUUGCGGCUCAAUUUGGGGCAAAAGACCAGCGGAGAUCAAUCAACCCGACAUAGGUCUCCCCGAGGGUCUGAUCCAGGACCAUAAUUACGUCUUCAAAGCUGCUGGUGCCUGGAAAUCCUGGCCGGAGAUCAUGAAGAAUUCUAUAGACUUUUUCAUUGACUUCAAGUUCAUCCCAACUGCCAAUACAACUCGACUGACGUCCAUCUUCGAGAGCCACAUCAGACACAAAAUUCCGUUCAUCAUCUGCGGAAAUGCAUCAAUCGGCAAGACCACGAUGAUGCACUUUCUGCUGAAAAAGAAGCUCCCGAAGUACAAUGAAAAGUACUUAUCCAACAUAUUUAAUUUCACCUCGAGGACUCCUGCGCAUCAAGCCCAGAAGAACUUCCUUCUGAAGAUCAAUAGAAUCAUGAAAGGAAGGUAUGCGCCGCAGAAGGACAAGUACUCGAUCAUAUUUAUUGAUGACCUGAACAUGAUGAAAGGAGAUGAUUCUGAUGGAAAUUCAGGAUCAACUUUGGAACUGAUCAGACAGUUAAUGGACCACGGUUAUUGGUUCGGCUGCAGCAAUAAUGAUGAGAAGUUUCAGAAGAUAUUCGUGGAGAACGUAAUGUUCCUUUCGGCUCUGACUCUCCAAAGCAAUAACUCCAAUCACCUCUCGUCACGGCUCAUCAGACACUUCAGUUUGUACUCAAUGAGUUCACCAUCGAAGGAAAACAUCUUCCGGAUCUUCUCAACUUUAUUACUGAACAAUUUGAAGAAGAAUCAGUUCAGCGCUGACGUCAGCUCUAGCGUGAAUUCUAUGGUCCACGCAACGAUGCAGAUAUUCAAUUCGAUUUCGACCAACAAAGAGCUUCGUCCAGUCCCCCUGACCGACUUCAAAUAUCAGUUCAACCUGAGAGACAUUGGAAAAGUCAUCAACGGCUGCAGCUUGAUUCAUCGCGAGUCAGCGGAGACCAAAGUCACAUUGAUUCGUCUCUGGGUCCACGAGUCCCUUCGCGUCUUCGGGGACAGAAUGAUAAGUAGAGAUCAUCAAAACUGGUUGAUUUCCACCAUAAAAGAAGCUAUCAACAUCCACUUCAGCAAGGAGUCCUUCGACUCGAUUUUCGAUCACCUCCCGAAGCAGAACGAUAUGCUGACGGCAGAAUGUUUUGAGAGUCUGAUGUUUUGUAAUUUCAUUGAUACAGGUGAUCACAAGGAAGACUCAACACGUCGUCGAAGAUACGAAGAGGUCACCUGCAGCAAGGAGGUUCUCAGCAAUAAAUUACUCUCCCAUUUGACUCAGUUCAACGAGAAAGUAGAAGACUCCAAGAAGAUGGACAUCAUCAUCUUUUCAGACGUGGUGACCCAUUUGGUGCGUCUCAGCAGGUGCCUCUGCACUCCCUCCGGCAAUUUCCUGAUGCUGUCGAUGAGCGGAGGCUCCACGGGGAGGCGAACCCUCACAAGGUUAUCCUCUUUCACCCAACAAUCCGAAUUCUUCGAGUUGUCUAAUGAUUCCAAUUGGAGAGAAGACUUGAAGAAAGCCGCAAAGUCCAUCGCAGGGAGCGCCAACAACUGUUCCUUCUUUAUUCCAUGUAGAUACCUCAAGCAUGAACACCUGAUGGACAUUAACUGCCUGAUAUCCACGGGGGAAAUCCCGGAUUUGUUCCCCGAGGAUGAUGAGCGUCAAGAGAUCAUCAAAUUCGCAAGGCUACCGGCCCAAAAUGGGGACAGGAACCUCGAGAUCGGGAUCAUCGAGGUCAUGAACUACUUCUACGAACAGUGCCAGGAGAAGCUCCAUUUCGUUCUAUAUGUGAACCUUUUCGAUGAGACAAGAUGUAAAAGAAACAACAAUUACCGAUUACUGAAGUCUUAUCCGAAUAUUCUGAACUUCUGCUUCAUCGAUUGCUUCGAGGACUGGCCGCAAGAGGCCUUCCACCAACUCACCGCGAGAUUCCUCCGAGACCUCGCGGUAAUCAACAGCUUCACAAAGGAGAAGGUGGUCUCGGCGUCCGUCGAUAUCUACAACCACUCGAGGCUCAUCAAACCCAUCAACAAUUACAAGACAACGCCAGGGCCCUACGCCUUCAUCCACAUGAUGAAGCUCUACUCCCAAAUCAUCACAAUGAAACACGAAAAGAUCACGGAGUCUCGUCACAGAUACCAGAUUGGCUUGGAGAAGCUACAGUACGCCGAACAAGAAGUGUCAAAGAUAAAGGCAACUCUAACGGAGCUGAAACCUCAACUGGAAUGGUCAGCAAGACAAACUGAAGAAACGAUGAGGGAAAUCGAAACCGAGAACGUAAUUGUAGAGAACGCAACGAUUCAGGUGAAGCGCGAUGAAGAGAUUGCAAACAGAGCGGCUGAGAUCGCCGCCAUCUUGAAGUCGGAGUGUGAAGCGGAUCUGGCGGUGGCUAUCCCGAUCCUUGAAGACGCCAUCGCAGCGUUGAAUACGCUUAAACCGGCGGACAUCACUUUGGUGAAAGCUAUGAAGAACCCUCCUGACACUGUAAAACUAGUCAUGGCGGCUGUCUGCGUGAUGCUGAAUGUGUCUUCUGACAGGGUGAUUGAUCCCGUCACCGGGAAGAAAUCUAUGGACUACUGGGGGCCGAGCAAGCGAAUUCUCGGGGAGAUGAACUUUCUUCAGAUGCUGAAGGACUACGACAAGGAUAACAUUCCAGCCAGUCUGAUGAUGGUUGUGAAGAAGACCUACAUGACGGACAAGAGCUUCAUGCCUCAUAUCGUAGCUAAAGCUUCGAGUGCUGCUGAGGGCCUCUGCAAGUGGGUCAGGGCGAUGGUGUCCUAUGACGAAGUUGCCAAAAUCGUCGCUCCUAAAAAGGAGAAACUAGCGCUCGCUGAGAAAGAGUGCAACGAGAGUUUGGACUUUCUCAAUCAGAAGCGAAAGACAUUGGCUGAAUUGACGAGAAAGUUAACUGCACUAAACGAAACGUUGAGAGAAACUCUAGCUAGAAAAGUUGAAUUGGAGAGUGAGGUCAAGAGCUGCACGGAGAAGCUAGGAAAAUCUGAGGGGUUGAUUGCGAGUCUAGAUGGAGAGAAGAUCAAGUGGAAUAGGUCAGUGGAUUCCUUGAAGAGUUCAUUGGAGGCUUUAGCGGGAGAUCUCUUAAUCUCUUCCGGAGUCAUCGCUUUUCUAUCUUCGUUCGACGAGGCUCACAGACAUGACACCAUCGAAAAGUGGAAGGAUAUCCUUCAAGAAGAGCGCAUAUCAAUUUCAAAGUCCUACGAUUUUCUGGUCAGUCUAGAGUCCAAGAUCAUCAUCGACUCUUGGAGACUCUCUGGACUCUCCCGGAACAGGUUUUUCGCCGAGAAUGGCGUCAUCAUGAAGAACUCAGUCCUCUGGUGUCUUCUGAUCGACCCUCAGAACCAAGCGAACACCUGGAUUCGGAAGAUGGAGGAGAAGAACAACCUGAGAAUCUUCAAAUCUUCGGAAAUCCGUUUUCCUCGUUGUGUUGAACAGCUUAAGACUUGCGUAGAAGACAGUACCCCUGUUCUACUGGAGAAUUUGAGCAAGAGUUUCAGACCCUCGGACCUGGACAUCAUCUACCAAUUGAAGUCUCGGAACCAGAAUUCAGAGACACAAGGAUUCAGAUUCUACAUGACAACAAGACUUAGUAAUCCUUCGUUCAAUCCUUACAUCCUCAAGAGAACGAAUGUCGUCAACUUUAAUCUGCCUGAGGAUGCCCUCCACGAACAACUGCUUGAUAUCGUGGUGUCUCGCGAGCAGCCCGAGCUCCAGGCCAAGUUCAAUGAUGCGAUCAUCCGAAGUAAUAGGAACAAGCAGAUCCUCCACGAGGAAGAGGAGAACAUUCUUGCGACUCUCUCAUCGACAUCGACCUCAAUGUCAAUCCUCGAGGAUGAGAAGGCGCUGAAGAUGUUGGACACCUCCAAGAAGCUAUCUGUAGAAAUAAUGCGGAAGGAAGAAGCUACCAAAGAAGCGAAGAGAGAAAUCGAGGGGUUCAGGAAGUGCUACAGCAGCUUCACUUCCUUCUCUACUAGUUUAUACAACACCCUGACUUCUCUUGUCGCACUCAAUCUGAUGUAUCAGUUCUCUCUGACGUCUUUCACUCAGCUCUUCAUGAAGUCCAUCGACACCUCCCGGAGGAGCUAUGUUAUUGAGAAACGAUUGAAGUACUUGAAGUGCUCUUUCACUCAGACUCUCCACUCCAGCGUUCGGAAUUCAUUGCUUGAAGAUCAUAAGGUUGUUUAUUCGUUUCUACUAUGUUUGAAGAUGUUAUCGAGUGAUGAGGGUCUUAACAGAGACGAAGUUGAUUGUUUCUUCGAGGAUUUGACGGAUUUUGAUUCCAAAUCGAAAGCUCUUGAUGUUUGGUCAACGUUUUCGUCUGAAAAAUUGAAGAAAUUGGAGGAGCGUUUUCCAAUAUUUGAGGGAAUCGUCAAAAGUCUUAAAGAUAAUAACACCUCGUGGGAAAAAUUCUCAACUGAAGACGAUGAUCUUCCUCCUCCUUGGGCCUCAAAGCUCUCGAUCUUCCAGAAGCUUCUGCUUGUUAAAUUCCUAAAACCAGACAAGCUCCUCCGAAACAUAAGCAAAUUCGUCACCUCCGUGAUGACCCGCUUCGACGUGUCUCCAUCACCCCCAGGCGGACUAUCUCAAUCGUAUUCAGAGUCCACCUGCCUCAUCCCCAUGAUCUUCAUCCUGCCGACAUAUUUAGAGCCCCUCAAGAUGGUUACAGAAUUCGGAAAGAAGUACGGUUACACUUCGAAGAUCUUUACGGUGUCCCUAGGAGGUCCUGAGGACUCUGAUAUCCAGCAUCUCAUCAAAAGCUGCCAGAGGGAGGGUGCCUGGGUUGUGAUCCAAAACUGUCAUCUCGCGGAUGCCUCCACAAUGUUCCUUCUUGAGAAGAUUCACGAGGACAAGAUGACGGGAACGGAUGCUCUCCUGGGGUUCAGGCUCUGGCUGUCAAGCCUUCCGUCCGAUAAUUUCCCCGUGGGAAUUCUUCAGGACGGCAUCAAGAUCACCAGCAGUCCACCGAGAGACCUGAAGGAUUCCCUCAUCAACUGCUAUCAGACCGAUCCGCUCAACAAAAUGGAGUUCUUCUCCAGCUGUCCCGGGAAGGACAAGGUCUUCUCGAAGAUGAUUUAUGGGCUCUGUCUCUUCCAUUCGAUCCUCAGGGAGCGGAGCAAGUUCGGGAGACGAGGGUGGAACGCUAUUUACGAGUUUCUCCCCGCGGAUUUCAAUAUUUCUGUGCGACAGCUCCAGAACUCGGUGAAAAUGGCGGAUUUCGGGGGUGGGGGGAGUGGCCAUUUUGUGGAGGGUAUCUUCCAUCUUGUGGGAAGGUGCAAUUAUGGUGGGAGAGCUGUGCAUUUCGAGGAUGAGAGAUUCAUCUGUGAGGUGCUGAGGGAUUUUUGUAAUGAAAAGGUUGGAGUCAGAAGGAAUUAUGUGGUCUUUGGCGAGAGGGCGGGGUCUGUGCGAAUUCCUGAUAGGUGCGAGUACAAGGAUUUUUUGGGGCAUGUGGAGGCCAUUCAGGACUGUGAUGAGGUCCUCAGGGUUUUUGGCAUGGAUGACGAUGUGGAAGUGCUGAGGGAUCUUUUUGAAGUGGAGAACUUCCUCAAUUCACUACGUGUGAUUAAUGGGAUUGAUAGGGAUUUCGGGCAGGGAAACAAUGGGGUACGAGGGAAUUCUUUGGCGGGAAAAAUUGAAAUUGUCGAGGCGGAUUUACUUGGAAUGAUUAACGUCGAGGAUCUGAUGGGGAGAAUUAAAAAAGAUGUAGCAAAGGAUUUGCAUGAUAGAUUUUUCUGUCCGCUGUAUAAAUCCAUAAACCAAAGGGACUUGAUCAAUUUCUCUGGUGAUGUAGAGAAUUUCAUAGACAGAAUUGAAUUGGAAUCUGAUUUUUCUGGUAGUUUUUGGGUGAAACGAGGAACUGCAUUAUUUUGUAACAUUUAUUAA